AUGUACAGCGAGUUCAUUCACGAAUACCUUCGCAUGGGCCACAUGGAGGAGGUUGUAGCGGAUGAAGAAGAUGCUGCGUUGCCGCAGUACUUCAUUCCGCAUCACUGCGUCAUCAAACCCGACAGCACAACUACGAAGCUACGGGUGGUGUUUGAUGCAUCGUGUGCUACAUCGACCGGAGUCUCCCUCAAUAAUGCGUUGAUGGUGGGGCCGACGGUUCAGGAUGAUAUCAUUUCGAUCGUCCUUCGCUUCCGAUUUCAUCGGAUUGCCAUCGUAGCGGACGCCGAAAAGAUGUACCGUAUGGUACUGCAACAGUGGACGGAUCGCAAAUUGCACAAGAUCUUCUGGCGAGAUAGUCGGAACGAGGAAAUCCGAGUCUUCCAGUUGAACACCAUAACGUACGGGACGGCGUCAGCGCCGUAUUUGGCCACGAAAUGCCUUAAGCGACUCGCAGAACUGGAUGGACACAAGUACCCUGAAGCAGCAAAAAUCCUCAGCAAGGACUUUUACGUUGACGACAUGAUGACUGGAGUUGACAGUAUAGAAGAUGGAGUCAAGCUGUGCAGCGACAUGCAGCAGCUGUUGAAAGGCGGAGGAUUCAACCUGCGAAAGUGGAGUAGCAACUGUCCAGCUGUUCUGGAGGAAAUACCCGCGGAGCUCAAGGACGACCGCAGUUCGUUCGAGCUCGACGACUCAAGCGCUACCAUAAAAACCCUUGGUCUAGUCUGGGAGCCCAGGAUAGAUGUAUUCCGCUUCAAGGUUCCGGAAUGGACAUCUUCGGUGAUCUGCAAACGUUCGGUCGUUUCCGACCUAGCAAGAAUCUUCGAUCCGAUCGGGCUAAUCGGAGUUGUGAUCGUCUCUGCCAAAAUAUUCAUCCAGACCGUCUGGAGACAGAAGGUUUCCUGGGAUGAACCUCUGCAAGAUGAGCUCCGAACUCAAUGGAUCGAAUUUCGCACCAGUCUUUCGAGGCUCGAAAAUCUGCAGAUUCCGAGAUGGAUUGCCUUCCGGAAAGAUUGUCUCUCGUUGGAGCUCCACGGCUUUUGUGAUGCAUCAAUGAAGGCCUAUGGAGCAUGCAUAUACGUCCGAUGUACACACUUUGAUGGGACAAUCACAUCCAACUUGCUGGUAGCCAAGUCACGAGUCGCACCGCUUGCUGAACUGGGUAAGAAGAGGAAGCAGCUCACAAUUCCACGACUAGAGUUGUCUUCAGCUGUACUUCUCGCGCACCUGUAUGAGAAAACUUCGGCGAGCAUUCCGGUACCCGCUCAAUCGUAUUCCGCGACAGGGAAGUCGUUUUAA